AUGCAGGGAAACAGUUGCUGACCACACCGGGACACAGCUCGCUUGCUUCAGCCUUCUUGAAUGCCUGGUCACUUCAGCUUUGUGCCAGCCUGACCAAGCAGGACCAUGUCUACCUUUGGGUAUAGAAGAGAGCUCAGUAAAUAUGAAGACAUUGAUGAAGACGAGCUCCUGGCUUCUCUCACUGAGGAGGAGCUGAAGGAGCUGGAGCGGGAGCUGGAGGACAUAGAGCCCGACCGAAACCUUCCAGUGGGACAACGGCAGAAGAGCCUGACAGAGAAAACACCAACAGGGACUUUCAGCAGGGAAGCGCUGAUGGCCUACUGGGAGAGGGAGACCAAGAAACUCCUGGAAGAAGAGAGGCUGGGUGCAUGUGAGAAGGAUUCUGAGCAAGAAGAAGACAAUUCAGAAGAACUUCAAGAAGAAUGCUUCACAGAAAGCAAUAGCGAAGUGUCUGAGGAGGCAUGUACUGAAGAGGAUGAUGAUGAAGAAGAUGAGGAGGAAGAUGAAGAUGAGAGUGAUGAUGAGAAGGAGGAAGAGCAAAAUGCUGCUGCUGGCAGGCAUUCUGACCACAUCAGACACAAAAAGUGUAAUGGUGCAAAGGACAAUGAAAACUUCCUCAAUGGCCAUGAUGGGAAAGACAGUGAUAAUCGGAGCUCAAAAAGCAGUGCCAUCCACCCCUGUGGAAAUCCAACAGUUAUUGAAGAUGCUUUGGAAAAAGUUAGGAGCAACGACCCUGACACCACAGAGGUCAAUCUGAACAACAUUGAAAAUAUCACGUCACAGAUGCUUAUACAAUUUUCUCAAGCCCUGAGGGACAACACAGUGGUAAAGUCAUUCAGCUUGGCUAACACCCAUGCUGAUGACAAUGUGGCAAUAGCUAUUGCUGGUAUGUUAAAGGUUAAUCAGCAUAUAACUAGUCUGAAUAUUGAGUCAAAUUUUAUCACAGGCAAAGGCGUGCUGGCCAUCAUGAGAGCUUUGCAGCAUAACAAGGUUCUAACAGAACUGCGGUUCCACAACCAAAGGCACAUCAUGGGCAGCCAGGUGGAAAUGGACAUAGUCAAACUGUUGAAAGAGAACACCACUCUGGUAAAGCUGGGGUACCACUUCGACCUUGCUGGCCCAAGAAUGAGCAUGACAAGUAUCCUGACAAGAAAUAUGGACAAACAAAGGCAAAAGCGCAUGCAGGAGCAGCGGCAACAGGAGUCAGGUUGUGACGGAGCUAUCAAUCCAAAGACCAAAGUUUUGCAGAAGGGGACACCUCGGUCCUCUCCUUAUGUGUCACCUAAAAGCUCACCAUGGUCUUCCCCAAAGCUCCCUAAGAAAGCUCUGCCAGUGAAAUGCCAGCCUUCAGCACCUGCACCCCCACCUCCCCUGCCCCCCUCCCCCCCCCCCCCCCCCCCUCCUCCCCCUCCUCCAGUUAUUCCAGAGAAGAAGGCACCUACCAGGAAUAUAGCUGAAGUCAUCAAACAGCAAGAAAACUCAAGAAAAGCCUUACAUAAUGGACAGAAAAAGAAAAAGGGCAAAAAAAGCAAAAAACAUGAGAACAGCAUAUUGAAAGAAAUUAAAGAUUCUUUAAAAUCGGUCUCAGACAGAAAAUCAGAGGAAGGUUCACGGCCCUCCACCCGGCCAUCCACCCCACAAAGGUCUCUCCAUGACAACCUCAUGGAAGCAAUUCGGGCAAGCAGCAUAAAGCAAUUAAGGCGGGUGGAGGUACCAGAAGCCCUUCGGUGAAAGCCUGGAUGAGAGAAGGAGCAGAGCAGUGAUCGAGGGGAGGCUGCUCGUCCUUUCACUGGUGGCAACAGACUGUCUAGAAAGCUGCUUCCAAAGUAUACCCUUAGAUUCAAGCCAUUUCUCUUUUAUUUCAAAGAAAUAAACCUGCUAAAUACAAAAUAAUGC